AUGUUUAGCACUUUGAAAUAUAACGACUCGACGACUGGCCUCGAGACCUUGAGAGUCAGGAACCGAAUCAAGGAGAAGCGGCGGGGCCCGCUUGCACAGAAUGCCAGUGGUAGAAACCGCACUGCCGAUGGAACCGAUUCGUCGACAAGAACGUCUUCUACAACCCCAGUGGAGGUCCCCAAGCAGCAGACCGAAACCCAGGAAAAUAAUGACCACGAUCAUACUGUUGAUAUGUUUUUCAGCGACAUGCCCGAGUUGGAUUUCAAUCUCUUCGGAGGAGCAGAAAUGGCGGAUGACUCGAUCGAUCCGCUUGACACCGCGUAUCAUGUUGAAGAGCGACAAGCAGUAACUCCUGCUAUAUUCCUGCCUUCACAAUCGGAUGACUCGUCGGACACAACGGGGAAUGCGAGCAACGCUCUACCCAUCUCUGGGGCCACAAACGAUGCCACGAUGCUAGAGGUUGAUGUGUCACCGCCCAACAACAUCAGCAUUGCAAGCAGCAGUACCUACGUCUUUGAGAGCAUCAGCACUAAACGGCAUUUAGUGCCACCGGUACCACCUACCAAUAAUGGGAGCUGUGAGUGCUCUUGCAUCACCCAAGUGCUGCUCACCUACCAAGAUAUCAUCAUCAACCUGGAGGGAAAGGCGGUAAACCCCUCUGAGACAGGCUACUCAUUUCAAUCGGCCGGACCGAUGAUCGGCCAGGGACAAAAUCGCGGAAAUAAUGCCCACAGUGAUCAGCAUGCUGCCCCGGUGGACACGGUUUUGCAGUGCCUCAAGAGUGCGGUUGCCAGCUGCGAGACCCUCGUCAACUGUCAGGCGUGUAGCGUGCGACCAGAAUGCGUUAUGCUGAGCAUAUCCAUUUGCAAUAUCAUGCUUUCAAGUGUUGAGGAGCUAGCUGGCACGGGAAGCCAGUGCACCGCGCCGCUGGCGGCACCAACAGCCAACGUGGCAUUUGGUGGAGGAGACACCACAACCUCCGUCGCCCGAGGCUCUGAUCAGAUCUCGACCCAUGCCACUGGCAAACUGAACGGUGGUGCAAGAUCUCAGCAGUUUCGAAGAGGAUCGGACCUCUCCUCUUAUCUCCGCGGCACCGGGACUGGUCUGAAGAUUGGAAAGUGGCGUUUAGACAAUGAGGAUGAGGAACAAGUGAUACAGAGCUUGUUAAUCGCUCGUAUGACGAGACUUGAUGGACUGACUACAAAGAUUCAGCGGGCUGUUCAGCUGAAUGAGUGGCCAGCUCAUGAUGCUCGGAUCAGGAGUCUGCGAGAACGUUUAGUGACAGCAAUUUUUAUGACAAGGAGGCGCUCGUUAUCCUGA